AUGGAUAAGGAGGCUGAAAUAGUGGUUAAGGAUUUUACCAGUAUAUUGGAGGAGUUGACCUUCAAUUCAAGGCCCAUAAUCACUACACUUACCAAGAUUGCCGAGGAGAACAUUCCUUGUGCUCAGUAUUUUGUAGAUGCCUUAGAGGCCAAACUAGAAAGAUGUCCACCAAAACAAAAGCUUUGUGCAUUUUAUGCUCUAGAUUCUAUCUGUAAAAAUGCUGGUAGUCCCUAUACGAUUUAUUUUAGCAGAAACUUGUUUUCACUUUACAGGAGGACUUAUUUACUUGUGGAUAAUACAACUAGAACUAAACUAAUUAAUAUGUUUAAGACUUGGAUGGUACCCAAUGAAUCUACUGGUGGGUACUCACCACUUUUUGAAAAAACAGCAUUGGAAAAGAUUGAACAGUUUCUAAUAAAGGCAAGUGCAUUACAUCAAAAGAAUUUCCAGUCCAUGUUACCAACACCAACUGUACCAUUACUCAUGAGAGAAAUUGAUAAAUUGACAGCAUUAUCUACAGAACGUCUUAGAGCACAACCGCAAGAUGAGAAGUUAAAUAUGAAAUUAGUGGUCUUGUCUCAGUUAAAGCAGGAAUUACAGAGGGAAAAAUUGACAGCUGGUGCUCUCAAACAGUUACAGAUGCAGUUGAGACAGAUUUUUGCUCAAGAUCAACAAACUUUGCAAGAUAGACAAAGGCAUCAACAACAGGAGCAGUUCGUUCAGCAGCAGCAACAACAACUACAGCAGCAGCAGCAUCAACAGCAGCAGCAGCAGCAUCAGAAUCAGAAUCAGAAUCAACAGCAAAACCCACUUUAUGGUCAAUCGGUAAUUCCGCUAUUUGGAGAUAGUUCUAAUAUUGGUAGGGGUGUCUCUUCUCUUUUUGGUGGCCCCCAGAGCAUAUUAUCGCCUUUAAACUUUUCAGAAUUUGAUAGGCAGAGUAAGAAGACCAAAUUACAAGAGUUAUAUCAAUCACUAGAUGAAGAAGGUUUGGUUUAUAAACCUCCCAAAGAAUCUAUUGUAACACUUUGUUCAAGAUUAGGCGCCGAUCAAAAUGGGUUGGGAACUCACCAGCAGCAGACGCACAAGCCCUUGCCGCCCAUGGAUUUCUUACACGGUAUCUUAGCAGAUUGUAAGGCAUCUUUUGCUACUGUUCAUGUGGACAUUUUAAAUACUCCAAAUUUACAACUCUCUCAACAAGUGAUAUCCAACGAGAAUCCGAUUGUUAACAACUGCUUGGUUCAUCUCUUAUAUAGAGCAAAACCUAACAAAUGCAACGUAUGCGGUAAAAGGUUUGGUAAUGACGUUGAAGAGAAGAGAUUACAGGCGGAACACUUAGAUUGGCAUUUUAGAAUUCAUAAAAGAAUGAAAGGAUCAGAAGGUACGGUUAUUUCAGGAACAGGUCUGGGGGGAACAGCAGCGCAAAAGAAUAUUCAAUCCAGAAAUUGGUAUUUGCAUGAUUCACAAUGGGUAAAUUUCAAAGACGAAGAGAUUGUUUCCACCAAUCGUACAACAGACGAAAGUUUAACUCUAGCGAAUUUAGAUGCACAAUCGACUAAUGCACAAUCUUCAGUACCAGUGGAAGAAAUCAAAUCACCAGAGACCGUGGCCGUUGAUGAAAGUAUUCUACGGAAGAAGUACGUCGUGGUUCCUGAAUUAGCUGAAGAUAUGUCCUUCCAGUGCCCCAUCUGUAAGGAUGCUGUAACAGGUCUGUAUGAUGAAGACUUAGGAGAAUGGGUCUGGAAAAAUUCAAUGGAGGCGAACGGUAAAUACUUCCAUGCAACUUGUUAUUAUGAAGCCGUUAAGAACAACAGCGGUUCUAACGUAGUCCAACUAGAUUUAGAAAAGUUAAAGCAUCUAGUAAGUGGAUGA